GCGCCGGAUGGUCCAACAUCCCUCUCUCCAGUCUCCAUGCAUCCCUCCUUUGGGCCGUGGCCGUCAACCAAGGCAGGCGCCUGUGCCUGCAAUCAAACAAUCAAUGAGGCCCGCCCGCCCCCAACCUCCCCUCUCCCUCCCUCCGCUCCGCCGCAUUAACUUCCUUCCCCUCCCCUCCCGAUUUCAUUUCCUUCGCACCGCACGCUUCGUCUCUCGUAGCAUAGCACAGCACAGCACAGCGUCCACCCAAACCUGAAGCCCACGCACGCCCCGCGCCCCGAAUCAAUCAACCGCAAUGGCCUCCUCCACCCACGGCAACGGCAGCGGCCUCCCCACCCACACCGCCGCCUCCAAGCCCCCACCAACGCGCAACCCCCGCAACCGCUGCCUCUGCGUGUGCCUCCUCGUCACCCUGGCCGUCCUGCUCGCCCUCGCCGUCACCCUGCUCGUCCUCUUCCUCACCGUCCUCCGCGUGCGCGACCCCACCACGCGCCUCGUCUCCACCCGCCUCGCCGGCGUCGCCCCGCGCCUCACCUUCCCCGCCUUCUCCCUCCAGCUCAACAUCACCCUGCUCCUCACCGUCGCCGUGCACAACCCCAACCCGGCCUCCUUCUCCUACCCCUCCGGGGGCCACACCGACCUCACCUACCGCGGUUCCAAGGUGGGCGAGGCGGAGAUCGACCCGGGCCGCAUCCCCAGCAAGGGCGACGGGGAGGUGCGGCUGGCGCUGACGGUGCAGGCGGACCGGCUGGCGGCCGACGUGUCGCAGCUGGUGGCGGACGUGGAGAGCGGGUCCUUGCCCAUGGAGGCCAGCACCAGGAUCCCCGGGAGGGUCACCAUCUUCGGCCUCUUCAAGCGCCACGCGGUGGCCUACUCCGACUGCAGCUUCGUCUUCGGCGUGGCGGAGAUGGCGGUGCGCAGCCAGGAGUGCCACGACCGCACCAAGCUCUGAUCGUCUGCAGCCGGUCGUCGUUGAUUGCCUCGCCCUUGCCGCAUCUCUUGUUCUCUUGGUUACGCAAGCUUGUUUGGUGGCAGCCGUGAGCCGUCGGCAUUCUUCUUCCUUUGAUGCGUUACAGAUUCUUCCUUACUGGCUGUAUGAUGAUCAUGUACAUAAACAGGAUGGAUGGAUGGAUUCAUGGAUGAUAUGCAGGUUGCUCCUCUUCUCUUGUAGAGCAAACACAA